AUGUCGUCCAUGUUUGGCAAACCUCGAUCUGCCCCCGGGGCAAAUGAGCGCCAUCCCCACGGCCUUCUCCAAGAAUGCAACGUGGCCAUCUUGGGAUGCCCAGGAUCUGGGAAAUCCGCACUGACGGUGAAGUUUCUAACCAAGAGGUUUAUAAGCGAAUAUGAUCCGAACCUAGAGGAUACUUAUGCUUCAGAAGAGGUUGUGGACCAGCAGCCAGUUCUGUUGAAGGUGAUGGAUACGGCUGACCAGGACGCACCUGUGAGCUGCGAGCGAUACCUGAACUGGGCCAGCGCCUUCAUGGUUGUCUACAGCAUUGACAACCGAAAGAGCUUCGAGGGAUGCCGGCAGUACUUGGACAUCAUUACGCUCCACUUGAAAAACGCACAGCACGACGCCCCAGUGCUUCUGGUGGGGAACAAACUGGACAUGGAACAGUAUAGACAGGUCACCAAAGCCGAGGGCAUUUCUCUCGCCACCAAGUACGGCUCCUUCUUCUACGAAGUCUCGGCCUGCCUGGACUUCGCAUCUGUGCAGCACAUUUUCCACGAGGCCGUCCGGGAAGUGAGGCGCGAGACGGAGAGGCACAUGGCGGUGCGCCCCUUGUUCAUCAUUGAGGAGAAGCCCUCCUUGCACCUCAUCCCGCCGUCUGCCGUAGCCUCCAAGCACGGCCUGGCCAGCUGUACCUAUAACACCCUCUCUACCGUGAACUACAAAGAAAUCCCUUCCGUAGCCCAAGCCAAGCUGGUCACGGUGAAAUCCUCCCGGGCUCAGAGCAAGAGGAAGGCCCCCACGUUGACUUUGCUGAAGGGCUUUAAGAUAUUUUAAGGGGCAGCGGCAAGAGGAAACGACCCACUGCCGGACUGCGUUGAACCCCUCGGCCGCCAUUUUAAAUACCGAUGCUCCAGCCUUCUUGGCAGUCCACAUGGCCCCUCGUAU